UAUGACAGCGAACAUCCAAAUAUUAACGACAUGUAUUACACGUCAUAUAUUUUACGACCAAAAUGUGAAAAAAUUUUAAACAAUUCUUAAUUCUAUUAUCAUCACAUCGGUUGCAUUUCGAAAUCGAUGCAUCUAAUACGUAAUGUUUCUUUGUACUUGUUUUCUCAGGUAUCCUUGCAAUCAGGUAUUUGUCAGAGUUAUGGUGACGAGUCGAUGGAGAUAUCUGGUGAUGAGGCUGGUGUGAGUGUCGACGUAAAGAGUCGACGUGCACACGAACAUUCACGGUCCAAAUUAAGUGUCCUACCAAACGGCACGAUGAUGUCGCAAGUGGAAUCGUUCGAAGUGAAGGACCCACGAACCGGUGGGACUUAUUUUACUACUGAUUUUCCCAACUUCGGCCUACCAAGCGGGGUCGAGAAGAUUGAUGUCAAAAUCGCGGAGACUCAUCGAAUUACAUCACCGGUUAACGAAAGCCUGACAAUUAGCUCCGACAAUCAAAUCUCUUUACACGGUGCAGAAGGUGUGCGGAUGGAGAGCAAGGACAUCGUUUGGAGCGCUGAUGUGGACAUUUUUCUUAAGAGCGUCAAUGGUAGCAUUAUACUAGACGCUAAAGAUGGCAUUUCUAUAGACGUGGAAAAUAUUCCUGUGGCGCCUAUGUUCCUGCAGAAUCCUGCCACAAGUCACGAGCAAUAUAAAGUCUGCGUAUGCAUGCCGCAAGGAAAACUUUUCAAGAUACCCGUCCGGCCAGGCUUCAACAACGUACUGCACAUUACUGCCAAGGAAAACUAUAUGUGCAUACGAGGUGCAAUCUUCUGCAAUCUAAUGUAUUCAUCGUUAUUUUGAAUGAUACUCUUGAGAAUAUGAGAAGAACUUCAUUUCCGACAAUAUAGGUCAUUAAUCUGCAAAUAUUUAAGAAACACAAACAUGUCUUUUGAUGAAAGGAUAAUUUAUAUAAGUUGAGAGCUCUAUAAGAAUCUGUAUCUAUUUAUAUAAAUUGAUUUUACUUUACAACUUAGUUUGUCUCUAAAUAUUUAUAUAUUAUAACGACUAGUAUUAUAUCUCAAUUGAAAAAUAAUUAAAAAUAAUUGAGUUCAUCCUUAAAAAAGGGUAUGAAUAAUAGUGGCCUUAAAUAAAAAGGAAAAAAUAGAUUUCAAACUUUGAAAGAUUUCUAUACAGUACAGAAAGUAGGAACAACGUUGUUGAGAUGUUACAAUGUUGAAGUGUAAAUAUCUUUCCAGCGUUGAUUAUAUUGUUCUUGAUUCUACUGUAUUCAUUUUUCUAUAUUAAUUUUUUAUGUUGCUACAACGGCUGUGUUCCAAAAUUCAUCGCCAACGCUGGAAAUUUAUAAUUCAUAUUAUAUAUAUAUUAUAAAUUGUAACGGGAUAUCUUCCUAACGCCGCUCGGAAUUGGCACGUCGGAGCCAGGGUCCGGGAAAAAGAGAGCAAAUAAGUGAGUGAGUGAGUGAGUGAGUGAGUG